AUGCAAAACCAGCAGUUCGCUAGUCUUGACCAUAUUGUCGAACACAAUAAUAUCAAUCUAAACUUGAAAAGCGCUUCACUGCAAGAGCCUCAACAAAAACAUGGAAAAGUGGUAUGCGGAGCUAUCGCCCUUUUCAUCAUCGUUCUUCUUCUCGUUAUUGCUCUUGUCAUCAGCAUCGCUCUUGUCUUCACCAUUGGUGUGAAAGCAACGCGAUCAGAUGAAAGUAGUAAUACUGCAAAUUCUACCUCAACGAUCUUGCCUGUGAGUCCUCUCUUCGAGCCCUGUAACUGUGGUUGUCCAUCGGUCGAGCCUUUAUUCAGCGAUGAAACGGCAGCGGCUACAGCACGUAUUGUUAACGGGGAAACGGCACGCGCACAUUCCUGGCCCUGGCAAAUACUCUUAGUUAUGUACGAUCCAGAAACGAAGUUAGAGUAUAGAUGCGGUGCCACUUUGCUCACACAACGACACGUUCUCACCGCGGCACAUUGUGUCCACGGUUUCUUCCCCCCAUAUAUGGUCCUGUUUUCAGGCCAGCACGCUCGUAAUUUGAGUAUCUCUCUAAUAGACGUCCGUGUCGUCAACAAAGUCUAUAUUCAUGAAAGCUACAACAGCCAUGCCCACAACGAUCUAGCCAUUCUCACAACCGAAGAGCCUUUUCGUUUUGACACAUAUGUUAGUCCUAUUUGUUUGGCCACUCCGAAUUCUCUUCUCCUACAAGCGAAUGAAGAGCUUGUGGCCAUUGGAUGGGGUCGCAUUUCCGGUCAACCCGAAACUUUUAUAUAUCCCGAAUAUCUGCAACAAGUCAAAGUGGCUUACGUGCCAGCAUCGAACUGCUCACGAAUAUUAGAACCAACAACUGUCCUGCAUCCCGGACAGAUGUGUGCUGGGAGACCGGGUCACAACGCUUGCAGUGGAGACAGUGGCGGACCGCUGAUGCGACGAAUGCGCUUGGCUAACACGGGGACUUACUAUUGGCAACAGAUGGGUGUGGCAUCGCUAUCAAAGGAUUGCGGCUGGAACAGUACGUGGCCCGAUAUCUACGUUAAUAUACCAUAUUAUUACGAUUGGAUCAUGGCGACAGUGAAACGUGCUGUUUAA